CAAGGUUUAAGUCACAGUCACUGUGAGAAAAGAUCUUGAUACUGUUUUAUGCUGUAACAACAAUCAUGAUGUUUUUUAACCAGAGAAAUCAAAGUCAGAUUUUCUGAUGACGAUGGACGUCGACCAACAUUCAUUUGAAUAAAGCAGCAGGAGGUUUACAUUCAGCUUCAGGUGUCGUACAUGAAGCCAUGACGUGAGCAUGACAAUAAUUCAUUUCAGGGCCCUACCCUCAUUUUGAUCCUCUGCCGGUUACAAUAAAUAAUAGCUGAAAGAAGGUGAAGCGGGACGGACCAGUCCGUCCGGUUUCUUCUCUCAGGUGUUCUGUUGUCUGCAGGUAUUUCUGCACUGACUGAGAAUUGACCGUAUCUCAGUGCAGAGAUCAGCUGUGACAGGACGAGCGACUCAGAGCUUCUCAUCACACAAACGCACAGACGCCGUCAUGUCUUCCACGAUGGUCAUCAGGCAGCCUCAGCCUGUGAUGGUGGCUCAGGACUCUAACGAGUGGGGAUCUGGGAUAUGUGACUGUUGUCAGGACGUGCCCGAGUGCUGUUUUGCUUUCUGGUGCUGUCCCUGCUUCGCCUGUAGAACCACCAAGGCCUACGGAGAGUGUCUGUGUCUCCCCCUGCUGGAAAUCUUCGGCGGCACCAUCCCGCCCAUCACCAUGUCCAUGAGGGUCUCCAUGCGGCAGCGUUACGGCAUCAAGGGCUCCAUGUGUAGAGACUGCGUGUACGCGACCUGCUGCACGUCCUGCACCUGGUGUCAGAUGUCCAGAGAGAUGAAGAGGAGGAACUACCAGGUCGUCCUGGUCAGCGCCAAAAACACGUGACCGCCCGUCACUCGUCAGCACGACCACGGCCACAACCACAACCUGUGGUUUGGGGUCGUUUACACGAUUUACACGAUUUCAUUUUUUCCGCUGGGACUUUUCUUACUUUCAUUAAAAACAAACCCAAAAAAAAAGCACCGACAAUCACACUUAUCAAUACUUAGAAAGUCAUAAAUAAUUUCAGUUAUAACAUAUUUAAAUUAAUUAAACUUAGUUCAUAAAUUGACAGUACUUUGCAUUGCUUCAUAUUUAAUUAUUAAAAUAUUUGUCUUUAGUUUAUGUUUGGUUGUAUCAUAUUUAAUAUAGUUCACUUUCAUUAAUUAUUCAUGUUCUAUCAAUAAAAUGUUUAUUAUUUGCA